AGCCGGAGUCGUCCCCUUGGUUCGAGGCAGAUCCAGCUGUGGCACUUUAUCCUGGAGCUGCUGCGGAAGGAGGAGUAUCAGGGGGUCAUCGCCUGGCAGGGGGACUACGGGGAAUUCGUCAUCAAGGACCCCGACGAAGUGGCUCGGCUCUGGGGCGUCCGCAAGUGCAAACCUCAGAUGAAUUAUGACAAGCUGAGCCGGGCCCUGCGCUAUUAUUACAACAAACGCAUACUGCACAAGACCAAGGGGAAACGGUUCACCUACAAGUUCAACUUCAACAAACUGGUGCUGGUUAAUUACCCUUUCAUCGAUGUGGGGUUGGCUGGGGGUGCAGUGCCCCAGAGUGCCCCGCCAGUGCCGUCAGGUGGCAGCCACUUCCGCUUCCCUCCCUCAACGCCCUCCGAGGUGCUGUCCCCCACCGAGGACCCCCGCUCACCACCGGCCUGUUCUUCAUCCUCAUCCUCCCUCUUCUCUGCUGUGGUGGCCCGACGCCUGGGUCGAGGCUCAGUCAGUGACUGUAGUGAUGGCACGUCAGAGCUGGAAGAGCCGCUGGGAGAGGACCCCCGGGCCCGACCACCAGGCCCUCCAGAGCUGGGGGCUUUCCGUGGGCCCCCAUUGGCACGCCUGCCCCAUGACCUGGCGUCUUUCGCGUCUACCCCCCGGUCCCGGGGUGGCCCUGAACCCCUGAGCCCCUUUCCUGUGUCGCCUCUGGCCGGGCCUGGCUCCCUGCUACCCCCUCAGCUCUCGCCGGCUCUGCCGAUGACACCCACUCACCUGGCCUACACUCCCUCACCCACGCUGAGCCCGAUGUACCCCAGUGGUGGCGGGGGCCCCAGCGGCUCAGGGGGAGGCUCCCACUUCUCCUUUAGCCCUGAGGACAUGAAACGGUACCUGCAGGCCCACACCCAAAGCGUCUACAACUACCACCUCAGUCCCCGCGCCUUCCUGCACUACCCUGGGCUGGUGGUGCCCCAGCCCCAGCGCCCUGACAAGUGCCCGCUACCGCCCAUGGCGCCCGAGACCCCACCGGUCCCCUCCUCGGCCUCGUCCUCCUCUUCCUCCUCUUCCUCCCCAUUCAAGUUUAAGCUCCAGCCGCCCCCGCUGGGACGCCGGCAGCGGGCUGCUGGGGAGAAGGCUCCGGGCGGUGCUGACAAGAGGAGUGGCAUUGGCAUUGGCGGGGUCAGCAGCGCAGGUGGGCUGGCAGAGGGCGCUGGGGCACUGGCCCCACCCCCGCCGCCUCUGCCCCCUCAGAUCAAGGUGGAGCCCAUCUCGGAAGGCGAGUCGGAGGAAGUGGAGGUGACUGAUAUCAGCGAUGAGGAUGAGGAAGACGGGGAGGUGUUCAAGACCCCUCGUGCCCCACCUGCACCCCCCAAGCCGGAGCCUGGUGAAGCACCCGGGGCAGCCCAGUGCAUGCCUCUCAAGCUGCGCUUUAAGCGACGCUGGAGUGAAGACUGUCGCUUGGAGGGGGGUGGGGGCCCCCGCUGGGGGUCUGGAGAUGAGGGUGAGGACAAGAAGGUGCGUGGGGAGGGGCCCGGGGAGGCCGGGGGACCCCUCACCCCGAGGCGCGUGAGCUCUGACCUCCAGCACGCUACAGCCCCAGCUCUCUCUGGGAGCAUCGAGAUUCCUGAGGGCUGUGGGCAGGGGGCCCCGGUCCCCCCCACCUCCCAUGCUUCUUUUGCUGCCUUAACCCCCCACCAAGUCCUGGAGGUGAGGACGGCUCUCUGGUGUCUUCCCUGUUUCCUCCCUUUUCCUGCCCCACGUUUUGUAUAAAACUUUUAAUUUCUUUUUUUUUAAUGGUGAGGGUGGGUGGGUUCCCAGGCGGGGGGCUUCCCCUAUCUGUGGGUUUCUAAGCUCCAAGGCAAAGUGGGGGGG